AUGGUUCCCGUAGAAACCUUACUAGGAAUGGCUUCGCCGAAUUUUCUUAAAAUGAUUACUCAAAAGCCUAGGAUUCUCGAAGGUAAGGGAAUUCUAUCGAAUAACCGUUGUCCAUUAAGCCCACGUCAGCCUAAAAGGAACGUAGUUGAGCAAUGCCCUCCAGCAUCGCCGAAAAGGGCUUAA